AUGAGUAACAUUGAGGAGAGGAGAGCAGGAGAACCAGAGGAUGAAUGUGCAAAGUCGAGUGUAGAGGCAGAGAGGCAAGGAGGAGUAGGCUUUUUCUGGGAAAGGCUAGUGAAGUGGGGGAAAUGCCAGUGGUCUGAGUUACAUGGAUUAAGCCCUCCAUGCGCACUUCAUUUGCUUCGUGGACUACAAUUUCCUAAGAAGAUUACAAUUUAUAUCCCACACAAAAUGAAAUACGAAUGGGCCAGUUCAGCCUUUGGGAAGAAGAGGAGGAAGAAGCAGAUCUAUUUUAGUUUCAUGGGGAAAAUCCUAAAGCAAACCCACCCAGACUUCAGCAGGUGUUUCUGGGUCUUGGAUGCACUGGGCUUUCUGAAGGAUCAGCAACUGGAAUGGGUUAGCCUGGAGGCAGUGAGACUGUCCUUCUAUAACCACUGAAAAGCCAUUACCAGCAGGGAGAUCCUUGAAGCAGUCAAGCAGAGAUCCUCUCGGAAGAGCUUUUGA